UCACAGCGAAGCUCUUCAUACUGGCAGUGCGGUGAAUACAGCACAAGUGGUGAAAGUCUAAAAGGCUCACGAAAAACAGAAAGAAAGAAAAGAAAUAAUAAAAGUAUUCUUAAAAAUGGAUGCAGCUUUUCACAAGACAACAAAAAAAGAGACUGCCGGGCAGGCGACAAUGUAUAUUGAAGAGCAGCCUAACAAAGGUGGUGUUUUGUCUUGUAUAUUUUCUCUGAAAGAAGAAGUUGGUGCCCUGGCUAAAGCUCUUCGCUUGUUUGAGGGAAAUGGCAUCAAUCUUACACAUAUUGAGUCCCGGCCAUCUCGCCUUAAUAAGGGAGAGUAUGAGUUCUUUGUUAAUGUAGAUGCCACCUGCUCAAAAAGUCUGGAAGAAGUAAUCGACCAUCUAAGAGCUCAGAUCAGUGGACAUAUUAUUGAAUUAUCUCGCAACAAGAUAAAAGAUACAGUUCCCUGGUUUCCAAGGGAUAUUCAGGACCUAGAUAGAUUUGCCAACCAGAUCUUAAGCUAUGGAUCAGAAUUAGAUGCAGAUCAUCCGGGAUUUACAGAUCCUGUGUAUCGCGCCCGUAGAAAGGAAUUUGCUGACAUUGCUUACAACUAUAAAUAUGGUCAACCCAUUCCCAGAGUGGAAUACACUGAAGAAGAGAAAAACACGUGGAGCACAGUUUUUCAGAAGCUUAAGUCUCUCUACCCGACUCAUGCUUGUAAAGAGCACAACCAAGUCUUCCCUCUCUUAGAGAAGUACUGUGGCUACAAGGAAGAUAACAUUCCUCAGCUAGAAGAUAUCUCCAAAUUUUUACAAUCCUGUACAGGUUUCAGCCUUCGCCCUGUAGCUGGACUUCUCUCUUCUCGUGAUUUUCUGGCUGGUCUGGCAUUUCGGGUCUUCCAUUCAACGCAGUAUAUCCGCCAUUCAUCAAAACCAAUGUAUACACCUGAGCCUGAUAUUUGCCAUGAGGUUUUAGGCCAUGUUCCUUUGUUUGCUGAUCCAAGUUUUGCCCAGUUUUCACAGGAAAUUGGCUUGGCAUCCCUAGGCGCCCCUGAUGAAUAUAUUGAGAAGCUUGCAACAGUGUACUGGUUUACUGUGGAGUUUGGUCUAUGUAAACAGGAUUCUGAAAUCAAGGCUUAUGGAGCUGGACUUCUGUCAUCUUUUGGAGAACUUCAGUACUGUUUGACAGACAAACCUGAAGUUCAUCCAUUUGAUCCAGAAAAGACAGCUGUUCAGAAAUAUCCUAUUACCGAGUUUCAGCCUGUGUAUUUUGUGGCAGAAAGCUUUGAUAAUGCAAAAGAAAAAGUCAGGAAAUUUGCUGCAACCAUUCCCAAACCUUUCUCAUUACGGUACAAUCCUUAUACUCGGAGUGUUGAGGUUCUGGACAACGUCCAGCAGCUGCAGAAUCUAGCUGAUAACAUUAAUGGAGAGCUUGCAACUCUGUGCAGUGCUUUAAAGAAGAUGGUGUAAGGAAGAAACUGAGUGAUGGCCCUUUGUUUGGCAGUGAAAUAUUAUGUGCACAUGGAAUUUUACUUACGUCCACACUGCUGUUAAAGUGCAUGAACUAGUUAUUAUUGUAGGCAUAAUUAAUGCAUUGCCAGUGAUUUCAAAUUUCAAAAUUGUUUUCUUUUCUCAAAAAUCUCUUUAAUUAUAUAUAAGUAUAUUUAUAUCAUAAAUAUUAAUGAUACACCAAAUGAACUUCUGUUGUAUUUAGUGGUCACAUACUAGUUUAGGAAAAAAGUAAUUGUUUUGUCCACUCAACAACAAUAUUUUAAUCACUGCAUUUAGUUUUAGAAAACCUUCUAUAUCAUUUCUUCAGUCAGUAUUGUAUAUGGGUUUUAUUUUUCAAAUUUCAUCCUGAAAUCUCUACCCAUAUUUCUUUAGAUUUAAUCUAAUUUAGGUAUAUGUAAUUUUAAAUAUUUUAUAUCAAGCAUUAUAAUACAUAUAUCUCCAAUUUUAAAUAACAAAAGAUUUAAAAUGAUAAAUUUACUAUGUAAAGUGUAUGAAUAAAUUGUAUACUCCUGUC